AUGGCAGCUAUGGUUGCUUUACCAACUUUAGCUAGAGAGAAAAAUUUCCGAAGAUUAUUAUCAUCAACUGAAAAAUUACUAGAAGAGAACGCCAUUGAAGAUUGGAAACUUGAUCAGUUUGUUAAAUCAUUAACAGAAAUGUUAAAUGAUAUGCAGAAAUCGAUGAAUCGUCGACCAAGCUCCAAGCAACUUGAUGAAUAUAAACAAAGAGUUGACAUACUUCGUAGAAAUAUCGAUAUAACUAAAUUAGAAGAUCAGACAUUUCCUCGACAAGUUUUACAUCAAAUAUCAUCAAACUCACCUAUUCAAGAACAACGCAAUGAAGUCACAACUGCACCGAAGGCUUCAAUUGAACCAGAAAAAAGUGUCAGCGCAUCAAAUAAGUCGAGCCGCCCAAAUUUAAAUCGACAACAACAGUUCAUUGAAUCCGAAGAAGAUAAACAAGAUGAUAUUGCUGCAUUAAUGAUAAAAACAACUGAAAGUCUUCUUCAUAGUGCCCAACGUCUUAAUGAUACUGUUAAAAGUGAUCAAAAAAAACUUGGAGAAGCAGAAAAUCUAAUUGAAACUAACACAGAAAAACUUAUCGUUCAAAGUAAACGUUUAAAACAUAACGCUUACAGUGGAUCCAAUUGUUGGAUUUAUUUGAUGCUUAUCAUUGUUAUUAUUACAUUUAUUUAUUUAACAUUAUUUAUGAGGAUGUUUCGUAAACGAACAGUUACAAUAAAAUAUGCAAAUAGUGGAUCGAAAUCAAGUAUAUUAAAUCAUUCAAACAAUGAAACAACAGUCAAUAAUACACAUAUAACAACAAUAACGAAAUCUACAGACUAUAUAAGUUUAUUGUUAAACUAUGCGAAUGAGAAUCAUACAGAUUUAUAA